GGCAUCACUCUUCCUGAUUAACUCAGCAGCGAAUGAAUGGGCCAGAGGGGCACAAAUUUUACCAAUUUUGACGAUCUGUAUGAAUGUUUGCAACGAUUGUUAUACAUGAAUGUCAAGUGAUGAUGGAUACGCAACUUUUGUUAAUGGCAGGUGUUGGACAGUUCGAACGUGACGAUACUGGGGAAAAUGAACUUGCAGAGGAGAUUUGGACUGACCUUAUAGACGAGAUGACCCUUGGAUUAUGUUUUGAUAUUCAUCGUUCUGUCAAGCUUGGCCUCAUGAUUAUGGAUGACAUAACAGAAGAGGCUCAGCAGGAAUAUGAUAUAGUGGAUGAGCCUGGACUAGAUGUGUUUGGUCAGCCACCUCUCAAAAAGCACCUGGAGUGUUUAUGUCCUAGCUGUAAUCGCAACCUGGCAGCCAAUCGCUUUGCUCCACAUCUGGAGAAGUGCAUGGGUAUGGGAAGAAACAGCAGCAGAUUAGCCAGCAAGAGGAUAGCUAUAGCCAACACUACCAAAAUAGACAGUGAUGAUGAUGAUGACAGAGAUUUAGACUGGACAAUGGCUUUGAAAGGUCCUAAAAGAUCAAGAAAAGAAAAACUCAGUACCAAUUCCCCAAGAAGAAGCAAAUCAAAGCUGAAAAAUGAUGUGGGUGAUAUACCCAGUGUUAGUAGCAACAUGGAGAACAGCAUGGCAACUUUUAAGGCCUUGGGAAAUAGUGUUCCAGUCUUUGAAACUCUGUCGCUGGAAGAAAGGAAAAACAUCUUAAUGACAACAUGUGGUGUCAUAUCAGAACACACCAAGAAAAUGUGCACCAAAUCUCUUAGAUGCCCCCAGCACACAGACGAGAUGAGGCAAGGAGUGAGGAGAUACCUGCUAGGCCUUGAGACGGAGGAGAGACUAAGACACAAAGGAGAUGGUGUUCUUGAGACAGAAGAGAUUGACAUAGAUACGUAUGAAGAUGGAGACAGUCAGGCUCUAAGGGAGCGUCUCAAUAGAAUACAGCAAUGGGAUGCAAUCAGUAAUCCAUCACCGGCUGAGUCAACUUCAACAACAAACUCUAAUGAAGGCCAGGGUAACAAGAAACGGAAGAAAGGAGGUAAACUUACCCAUCGCAAGAGAACUAAAGGGCGCCCUCAUUCAGCUCAGUCGCAAACUAGUACAGGUUCAACAGCAGCAGCAGCAGCUGCAUUACAGUAUGAGGUCAUUGAUUGAUCAUGCUUUAAGGUAUGGCAGCUGAUAUGAGGGGUUUCCCCUAGCGGAGAAGUGAUGUCAUUGGAAGAGGGAUUUCCCCCUGCUCUUCAUUCCUUCCAUGCUGAGAUGCAGAGAGCUCCCAGGUGACGAGGAGGGAUGAAAUAUCUCCCAUCGCCGGAGAACAGAGAUGGAGCAGUGAGAUUGAAUGUUAAUUGAUGCAGUUGUAUGAUUACAAUUCAGUGCCUGUUUUUUAAGUUUGCAGAAAUGAGUUAUGUUUUGGUCGAAAACCAAGGAUAUUAAAAGUAUCUCCAGGUGAGUAUACAAGGAUGGGAGUCAAAGAUUGUGGUUUCUCUAAGAUUAAAAUCUCCUCAGGCAUAAAGAUGUAUGUCUUCAGCUUAGAUUAAGGUGAAAGCAAGCGCAUGAGAAUGCUUGAUCAGCUCUAUGGCUGAACAUUUCCAUGUAUGAUUUCUGACAAAAUGAAGGAAUGCAAAAAUGAAAAGAGAGAGUAUACAAGAAGCAAAGACAAAUUUGUGCUACAUUGAUUAUAUUAUUGAGUAUGAUUAUAUGAUUUUAAGGUGCAUGAAGGCAUUAACUCUUCCUCUUAUUUUUAAAUAAGCAUAAUUUCAGACAGAUUUAAGAUAAACAUGCAGCAUUAUUGACUUAGAAGCAGUACAUGUAUCUCUGAAAUAGCUGUGAAUGGCUGUGUCAUUGCAAUUGAUAUGGCUUGAUAUCAUACCACAUCGAUUGACUCGUUGCCUACGGGAACCACAUUGUCCUUGCAUAAAGCAUAUGGGAAUGUGAUGGGAAUUCAGUGUUCAACGGGUUAAAUAGAAUUCUUUCCCGCAUAAUGGCCUGUAAUUCAUACAAUGGCCGUUACCUAUCUGUUUUAUUUUCCAACUCCUCGUAACUAAUUCCCAUUCAGCAAUUCCAUUCUAAACAUGAUGGUCCACCUCGUGUAUGAAUACUUGUUGUGAUGGUUAGAUGUACCUGUGUACUGUAACUAUAAUCAGAAGCAUGUUAACAUUCUGGUAAAAUGAGUUAUAAUUGGAUUUAAUCUCUUUCUUGAUACUAAAGGAGGUAGCAGAGACAUACAUAUAUAAUUUCAGUUCAUCUCUGCUCCAAGACAAUGUACCAUUAUUUGUGAAUAAUAGCAUCAUAGCAUCUUUUUAAAAUCAAGACCACUAAAGGGAAGCCAAGACUCGACUUGUGGUCUUUAAGGGCAAGUGGUAAUUCUGUACAAAUGUUCAAUUAAGCAAGUUUGACGGAACAUGCAUAUAUGAGGUAGAUGAGGUAUUUUUAGUUUUACCUAUCCAAAGUUUGCCCUCCGAUUAUCUAUCACUUCCAAUCAUUUCCAAUCGUCAGCAUAAUUGAAUACACAAACUUGGGGUGGAGUGUAUACAAAAUGCCAGUUGUAUAGUACCAAAACCAUAUUGCAUCCAAUAUGAUAAUGGAAGUGCUGAAGAAUAUUUCAUUUUACCUUAAUGAAGGUCUUCUUCUAAUUAUCAUCUGUUUCUAAUCGACCUCCCUUCUUCAACACAUUUUACUGCCAGCUCCUAAUGGCUGUUAACAUGCUCAUCAUGUCAUAUCAGCAAGGACAUGUAUUUGGUUGAAAACAAAACAAAAACCCUGUCUAAAUUAUUGACAGUAUGAGUGGUAUGUGUGACAACAUCAAGCUAUGAAUUGACAGACUAAUUAAUCAAAUAGCCCAUGUGCGCUGUGAGUGAACACAUGGCUAGUAGUGCAUGCACUGUACCUGCUAACCAAUCAUACCAUAUGGCCAUCUCCGAUAGUAUGGAGUCAUUUUCAAGGACGAUCUGAAUGUCAUUAGUUGAUCAAAUCAACAUAAACUCCAUCUCUAUAGGGGAAAAAAUAAAAUAUCUUCCCUCAUGCAGUAGGCAUUGAUAUUUGUAUAUCAUUGCACAAUGCUUCAUUAACAGUAGCUGUUGGCAACUGAUUUUGGUUACUUUGUACAUCAUUAAAUGACAUGUAUUAACAUUAUAGGGCUAUGAUGGAAAUGUAAAUGCAGAAUGUUGAGGACAAGAUAACCAAAAACAAAAGUGGAUGGAUUAAACUGUUUUUAGUUUUUUUAAUUUGAGGGGUAAUUCUGGCAAGUCAAGUGUCUCUUUUUUUAUUUUUAUCUUUUAACAUUACAGUAAAUUUAGUAUGCUCGAAUUUUUUAAACAUGAAACCGAUGUGUGCGGCACGAUUCAACCGCUUUGUUUUUACUUUGAAAUGUUAGUGAUAUCUACAACCCAUAGUUUCAUGUGAAGAAAAAAAUGUCUGGCAUGAUUUAAAAUUCAAAGUGAGAGCUUGACCAAUGGCUUUCAUUUCCAAUGGUCAUUUAUUUUUGAAGGGUUCGAUAUAGUUCUUGCAAGUCCAGAAGUCAUUGCAUUAUGAUGAAACCAUUAUUAAGUUUUGUACAACAUGUUCUGUGCCUGUUUUCAGUACUGUUAUAUGACAAUAAACUUGCAUGAUGUAAUGUGACCAAGAAAAGAGGGAGGGGAGGGGGUGUUGUUCAGACUUCCCAUUUAAUGCAGGCAAUGAAGUCAUUAUUCACUUUGUGAAUUAUUGAUAGAAGUUCAAUGAGAUAUUUAACCAAGUCAGCAUUGGAAUACAAUCAAUAUAAACCAGCUUAAAUGUAACCACAAUCUUGUCUAGAUCACUUCUACUCUUCAAUGUAAAAAUAUUCUUUCUCAUUAUUUAGCUGGCAGUUUACAUGUGGCAUGCAAUGCUGUUAGUGCAAAUAAACAAAAUAAUUUUGUUGACAUAUGCAUGUACACCAUAUGGUACUGCUGAAUUCUGUCUUUCUGCCUCAUAGACUAAAUACAGGAACUACGCAUUUACCAUUGAAAAUGGGUAGACGUUGUGUAAAUGUAGUACAGAAACCUCACUAUCUGCCACACAGGUUCUAAUACGGACAUAUUACAAAACAUGAUUGUGGUGGUUUUGAAUCUGACAUACAUACUGAUUGUAAUUGAUUGUAAUAUGUCAGGAAAUGGUUAUGAUAGUAAUGAUGAUCAUGAUGAAUCCACCCACAAUAAUAUGGAUAACAUCUAUGACAAUGAUUAUAUAUGAUAAAUUGGAGCACUACUGAUUUUUUCCUUGAUUAACUCUUAUAGAUGCUACUGUUGAUUUAUUUCUUCAUAAUUUAAGUUGCUAUUUAAAACAAAUGAAAAGGAUAUUGAAUAUAAUGCAUAAAUUGAUGAUCAGAUGAAAUUGAGGGUUCAGUGACACAAAGACGUAACUCUAUAUUUUGCCAAAAUGAGUAUUUGAUAUCAAAAUGUCCAGAAAAAUGUGGGCUUUCCAGGAAACACAAGGACUAAACUCCACCCAACACCCCACUGAAGUCAAUGGCUAUUAAAACAUAGAAUUUAACUCCUUAAGGCCCAAGUGCUCAGUGACCACUUUUUCUCAAAAUGGAGUUACGUCUUUGUGUCACUGACCCUCGGAAAUGUUUGUUAUGCUCAAUCUUGCAAAUUGCUGAAUAUGAAGAUACCAUAACUGUUGAAAGUGGUUAAAUUUUACAAGUGUACUACUGUGGAAGGCAUAUUUCUCUCCUCUGAUUUAACCAUUUCAUAUUGGUAUAUAUGAGUUGGGUUAUGUUAUUAUUGAAAAGAAAACCAAAGACUAAACA